AUGUCACAGCAGGGUCUUCAGAGAAUAAAAUCUUUUGUCGUGCCCACGAUUACUCUCCGGAUGCGCGAGAAACCCACAUUCACGGAGUCGCAGCGAGCUCUGAUGGAAGAAGUUUAUAGACGAACGCCAUACAUUGAUCACCAAGCGAGGACUGACAUCGCCUUGAGCAUUGGGAUCGCGGAGGAGCAGGUAAAAAAUUGGUUCCAAAAUCGCAGAGCCAAAGAGAAACAAAUGUUGCGAUGGCGGGAAAGCUCUGCCGCUGCGGCAGCCGCGGCUGCCGCCACUCAAGUUCAGCACCACUCCGGGGGAAGCUCCCAAAACCUUGAGAAUCCAACUGUUUCGAAUCAGAACGCGAACUCUUCACGGACAUGUCUUUCCCUACCCCCGUUCCUGGCCCAUCUAGAAGGUCUACCCGACCUCCGCGAAUGGCCGCCUCGACCGUUUUGAAGCGUUAGUUUUCUCAGGAAGCGACGAAAAUCAAAUCGAGCGAGGGCACAUGAUCACACGAGAGAAUAUUGUUAGCUAGCACCUGCGAUCGAAUUGGAUGUUGAGAAUGGAUAACUCCCGAUGGCUCUGUAAAUGCGCUUGUUGUAUGCACUUACUCUAUCACCAUCUUUGACGGAAUAAACUCGAAGACAUGAUUU